CGACAGCCAGAGAGAGAAAGGUGAAAUUGCUUAAGGAGGAGCUCCUCUCCCGUUCUCCCGACUGGGUCUCAGCCAUGGCAUCCGUCCUGGGGAGCGGCAGAGGGUCUGGAGGGCUAAGUAAUCAACUCAAAUGCAAGUCCAAGCGGCGGCGGCGGAGGAGGUCCAAGAGGAAAGACAAAGUAAGCAUAUUGUCCACCUUCCUCGCUCCCUUCAAGUACCUGAGCCCUGGCACCACCAACACGGAGGACGAAGACAAUCUAAGUACCAGCAGCACUGAAGUGAAGGAAAACCGCAAUGUGAGCAACCUGGGAACCAGGCCCCUGCCGCCAGGGGACCGGGCCAGAGGAAGCACACCCAGCAUAAAAAGGAAAAGGCCCCUGGAGGAAGGGAACGGGGGCCACUUCUGCAAACUCCAGCUGAUCUGGAAGAAGCUCUCAUGGUCCAUGACACCCAAGAACGCCCUGGUCCAGCUGCACGAGCUGAAGCCAGGCCUGCAGUAUCGGAUGGUGUCCCAGACAGGCCCAGUGCAUGCCCCGGUCUUUGCAGUGGCUGUGGAAGUAAAUGGACUCACGUUUGAGGGCACAGGGCCCACAAAGAAGAAGGCCAAGAUGCGGGCAGCAGAGCUGGCACUGAAGUCCUUCGUGCAGUUCCCCAAUGCUUGCCAGGCCCACCUGGCCAUGGGCAGCGGCACAAGUCCAUGCACGGACUUCACCUCUGACCAGGCCGACUUCCCAGACACGCUGUUCAAGGAGUUUGAGCCAUCGGCACCCAGCGAGGACUUCCCAAACUGCCACCCUGUGGACACCGAGCUGCUCUCCACAGCCUACCGGCAAGGGCGGCUACUUUGCCACACUCUGGACCUCAUGGGACAGGCCAGGCCAGACAGGGCCAGACCGGCCCCCGCAACCCUGGGUGAGAGGAACCCAGUAGUAGUGCUGAAUGAGCUGCGCUCUGGCCUGCGGUACGUGUGCCUCUCAGAGGUGGCCGAGAAGCCUCGCACCAAGAGCUUUGUGAUGGCCGUGUGCGUGGACGGGAGGACGUUCGAAGGCUCAGGACGCAGCAAGAAGCUGGCCAAGGGCCAGGCCGCACAGGCCGCCCUGCAGGCCCUCUUCGACAUCCGGCUGCCUGGCCACACCCCCAGCAGGAGUAAAAGUAACCUCUUGCCACAGGAAUUCGCAGACUCCGUGUCCCAGCUGGUCACGCAGAAGUUCCGUGAGCUGACGGUUGGCCUGACAUCUGUGCAUGCCCGCCACAAAGCACUAGCAGGCAUCGUCAUGACCAAAGGCUUGGACACCAGGCAGGCACAGGUCAUCGUCCUGUCCUCUGGCACCAAGUGCAUCAGUGGCGAGCACAUCAGCGACCAGGGCCUGGUGGUCAAUGACUGCCAUGCGGAGAUCGUGGCCAGGAGGGCCUUCCUUCACUUCCUGUACGCACAGCUGGAGCUGCACCUGAGCAAGCGACGAGAGGACUCGGAGCGAUCGAUAUUUGUGCGUUUAAAGGAGGGAGGCUACAGGCUUCGAGAAAAUAUUCUCUUCCAUCUCUAUGUGAGCACGUCCCCCUGUGGAGACGCGAGACUCAACUCUCCCUAUGAAAUCACCACAGACCUGAACAGCAGCAAACACAUCGUCAGGAAGUUCCGCGGGCACCUGCGCACCAAGAUAGAGUCUGGGGAAGGCACAGUCCCUGUCCGGGGCCCCAGUGCAGUCCAGACGUGGGACGGCAUCCUUCUGGGGGAGCAGCUGGUCACCAUGUCCUGCACGGACAAGAUCGCCAGGUGGAACGUCCUGGGACUACAAGGAGCUCUCCUCUGUCACUUCAUCGAGCCUGUGUACCUCCACAGCAUCAUCGUGGGAAGCCUGCAUCACACAGGCCACCUCUCUCGGGUCAUGAGCCACAGGAUGGAGGACAUUGGGCAGCUGCCCACGUCAUACCGACACAACCGGCCUCUUCUCAGUGGAGUGAGUAAUGCAGAGGCCCGGCAGCCAGGGAAGUCGCCCCACUUCAGUGUGAACUGGGUCGUGGGCAACGCAGACCUGGAGAUUAUUAAUGCCACCACCGGCAGGAGGAGCUGCGGGGGCUCCUCCAGGCUCUGCAAGCACGUGUUCUCUGCCCGCUGGGCACGGCUGUAUGGUAGGCUGAGCACAUGGACACCAAGCCAUGGAGACACGCCAUCCAUGUACUGUGAGGCCAAGCUGGGGGCUCACACCUACCAGUCUGUUAAACAACAGCUAUUUAAGGCUUUUCAGAAAGCCGGUCUGGGCACCUGGGUGAGGAAACCUCCGGAGCAAGACCAGUUCCUACUAACUCUCUGAGUCACUCUCUGACUCUUUUGCUACUGGACUGGAGUGAGA